CAAUUUCUUAAACGUUCAUUGAAUAUUUUCGAGAAGGAGUUGAUGAUUAAAUCUACCGUCAUCUUUUAAGUUAUGGCUGAUGAAAAGGAAGAAGUUGUAGAGUCCCCUGAAAUCCAUUUUGAGCCAGUUGUCCGACUUCCAGAAGUGGAGGUCAAGUCUUUAGAGGAGGAUGAAGAGGAGAUAUUCAAGAUGAGAGCCAAGCUGUUUAGGUUUGACAAUGAAGCAGAACCACCAGAAUGGAAGGAGAGAGGCACAGGAGAUGUGAAACUUCUGAAACACAAAGUUACAGGGUUAAUACGAUUACUCAUGAGGAGAGAUAAAACACACAAAGUUUGUGCCAAUCAUUUUGUGACAACACAGAUGGAGUUGAAGCCCAAUGCUGGUAGUGACAGGGCAUGGGUGUGGCCAGUCCCCUCAGAUUUUGCUGAUGAAGAAGCUAAACAAGAGCUGCUAGCAAUCCGGUUUGCUAAUUCAGAAAAUGCACUGAAGUUCAAAGAAAAGUUUGAGGAGGCUGGCAGUGCGAACGAAAAAAUAAAACUUACAAAUGGAGUGUCUGAAACUGAUGAACAAAAAUCAGAAAGAGUCAGCCAAGGAGCCGGUGAUACAAAUAAAACUGACGAUGACAAAGAGACAAGCUCAUUGACAGAGAAGCUGGAGGACUUAACUGUUAAAGGAGCAGAUAAAUCAGAUAGUAAAACAACUAAAGAGGAAGAAUCCAAAGACAAGCCCAGUGAUUCUAAGGAGCCAAAAGAUGCACAGAGUUAAGGAUGCUGUGUUUAGGUGAUUAACAGAGAUGUAUGAUUUCUCUAUUCAAUUUUUGUGUAGAGAUUUGGUCCUGUUUGAUUCUCUGAUUUGGGGAACAAUGCAUGCAGUAUACUUGUUAAGGUGGAGUAAAACACUUAAUUAUUCAAAAGGUGUCUAACAACUAUCAAUAGACAGGUUUUAAUUGUAAAGAGAAUAAAUACAUUUUGUGCGGAAGACAUGAAAUGUUACCUGUACAUGUAUAUCUGUGUUAUAAUUAUUUUGUGUGCAUUUACUGCCAGUCAAUCUGAAAAUACUGUAGAUGUACUUAGGGGUACAUGUUUAACAUGGAUUUACCUUUUCAGAAUUGUACAAAAUUCUCAUAAAUAUGUACCAUGUAGGGAGAAAAAAUGUAUACAGUAAGUUGAUGUUUUUCUUCAACAUGCCUGUGUAAAUUUUGUACCACCAUUGCUUACUCUCAUGCAUAAUGUUACUCCCAGAUAAUUUGUACUUGUCAUUCACAAGUCUGUAGACUAAUCCAGGUUCUAUUUUUAUUUUGUUUGUUUGUUUUUUUUAUUAAGAAACAUGGUUCUGGUUCAAAGUUGAAUUUAAGAAGCACAAUAACUUGUAUGCAGACACUUUUUUUGUAUGUACAUGAAUAGAUGUAUAAUUUAUAUGCAAAUAUACUUAAGGUUACAUAAAAUUGAAAUUUUGGUUCUCAGGCCUGUGCUCAUCUGUUUUGAGGUAGCUGCUUUCCAAUAAAAAAUUUGGUAAUGCAGAGACCAAUCUGGGGGGAAAAAAUCUGCUUUCAUUUCUCAUAGUUUUGCACUCGAUUUUCGUUUCCGGUAGCCAUUUUGUGUAAACAUGGACAUUGACAGCCAUUUGACAUGGACACUUUUUUUGCAAAAAGUGGAAAAUGUGGUAAUUUUUUGAAAUGUUUAAUAAGUCUACAGAUCGACUCCAGUAUAACUAUGAAGGAAGAAUUUUCUUUGUUAUUUUAUAGCAAAUUCUGAAUUUAAAAAAUGUCCCCUGCAUGUAAUUUAUCGGCAAAAUCUGUAUUUAAGAAAAUUGGCUGAGAACUGUAAUAUUAAUACUGUAUCAUCUUCGCUAGCCAAUGGUUUCUGAUACGCUACUCUCCUCAUAAGCCCUUGGCAUACGGUGCUGACAAAAGACGGGAUUGUUUUCGUCACGUGAUCUCGAUUCUUACCAGGUACGCACAGAUUGCGUCAUCGACAGAAAUAAAAAGCUUAUUUUAAAAAAUAAUGUUUUUAAAGAAUAAUUAACAAGAAGGCAAUGAAUUAUGUUAAUUUGUUAUUUAAACAUGUUAAAAUGCAAAUCUACACCUUCAGUAUAGAUUCUUAAUCACAUAUUUUGCACGUAGAUUAAGAUAUUGGAUGACACCAUAUAACUAUUCAUAGAAUGACAUGUUAUCUUCCGGAUCGUUGUUUACUUGCAUUUUUCAUUCCCGAUAAUAAAGAGUCAAGAUAUAUCCCGAACGCAAAUAUCGUCAUUUACAAAAAACAAUUGCUGAUUGGUCAAACGAUGUCGAUCAACUCCAAUCACAACUUGAGAAAAAAAUCCCAACUUUUUUUAACACCGUAUGCCAAGGGUUUAUGAGGAGAGUAGCGUAUCAGAAACCCUUGGCUAGCGAAGAUGAUACUGUAUAUGCAAAAUAACUGUAUUUUGUCCAGAAAUAAAUAUUGAUCUGAUUUUAAUCCUUGCAAGUAUUGGAAAUAAUAUGGUCUGAAUGGUUUUGGGUUGUGAUACAGUGCAGCAAACAGAGAGAUAUAUAUACAGUAUUUUAUGGAUAUUUCAUUUUACAGGUUUAAGAUUUCAAAUCUAAUCAGCUGUUUAAUUAAAUCUGUUCCCAACUACAGCAUCUACAUUGUAUUUGUGUCCAGGAUUUGACACGACAGAAAAUUUAUACUGGAGUAUAAACUUGUUGUUAAGUGAAUUGUUGUUAAAAUUAUCUGUAACUUCAUCAAUAUUUGUUUGAGAUGAAUAAAAUACGAAAAGAAAAACA